AUGUGGCGCAACCGACUGCAGCACGUGGCCCGCCGCCUCCACACGGACGCGCGCAAGUGCGUGCUCAUCGUCGGCGCUGGCGACAGCACGGGCGCCGAGAUCGCCAAGGCAUUUGCCCGCGACGGCUUCACUGCCUGCUGCGUCCGGCGCGACGCCGACAAGGCCAAGGAGCUCGCUGCGACCAUGACCGCCGAGGGCCUCGCCGCCGAGGGCUUUGGCAACCGUCUGGGUCCGAUCGAGGUCGCGGUCUUCAACGUCGGCGCCAACGUCCGCUUCCCGAUCACGGAGACCACGUCGCGCGUCUACCGCAAGGUGUGGGAGAUGGCGUGCUUCUCGGGCUUUCUCAUGGGCCGCGAGGCCGCGGCCCGCAUGCUACCACGCGGUCGUGGCACGAUUCUCUUUACAGCCACGUCUUGCCAUAGGGGCACGGCCAGUGUCCGCGGCGGCGCGCACUUUUCAGCGUUUUCGAGCGCCAAGUUUGCGCUGCGUGCGCUCUCGCAGAGCAUGGCGCGCGAGCUCUCGCCCAAGGGCAUCCACGUCGCCCAUAUCGUAAUUGACGGUGCGAUCGACACGCCGUGGAUCCACGAAAACUUUCCCAAGGCCAAGGAAUUCCAGCAAGUCGACGGCUUGUUGCGCCCGGAAGAAAUCGCCAAAACGUAUGUGCAGAUCCACCACCAGCACAAGUCGGCGUGGACGCACGAAGUCGACUUGCGUCCGUGGAACGAAAAGUGGUAA